AGAUCCUCCCUCGCCCCCAUACCCAUACCCCUCAAGCGAUACCCCGCUCUCCUACAGCACCUCGGACACGCCACGGGAAAGUCUUGAAAGCCAUCCGGCACCAUGUUCGGCGGAACUUCUUCAUGGGGUCAAAAUAAUCAACAAAAUCAACAGCAGCAGGGAGGUGGCCUUUUCGGCGGCGGCGGCACAGGAGGUGGAUUCGGACAGCAGAACAACACUGGAGGAUUCGGCCAGCAAGCCAAUACCGGCGGUGGCUUUGGACAGCCUGCUCAGAAUACAGGGAGUGUCUUUGGCGGAGGUGCCGCAACGACCAACACUGGUGGAUUUGGCGGAUUUGGAGGUGCGAAUGCUACACAGCCAACCAACACUUUUGGAGCGAGGCCAGCAUUUGGAGCAACAGGAUCCACUUUUGGCCAGCCUGCUGCGAAUACUGGCGGCGGAGGUCUGUUUGGUAGCAACAACACCACCAACACUGGAUUCGGAGCUCCCGCCAACAACACUGGAGGUGGUCUCUUUGGCGCCAAACCUACCACUUCUACCUUUGGCUCUGGCGCAACAUCCAAUCUCUUCGGGGCCAAGCCCGCUACCGGGUUUGGCGCUGCCCCAGCUGGGCAAGAUGGCUUGAAGGGCCCUAACGAGCUUCAACAAUACCGCACCGAUGUCCCCCCUCCUCCUCCUCCCUCUACCGGCACAGCCAACCCUGCCUACUACCCCACUUGGCAAGCCGAUCCUUCCACCAACACUUCUCUCGGCAAAGAGGGACCUCCCCAUCUGUUCCAUUCCGUCUCUGCCAUGUUCCCUUACCGAGGUGCAAGUUGGGAAGAAUUGAGGGCGCUGGAUUACCAGCAAGGAAGGAAGGAAGCUACACCUCAGCAACAACAGCAGCAGAAUGCUUUCGGGGCCUCCUCAGGAGGCUUUGGGCAACAGCCUGCUGCUACUGGCUUUGGUGCUCAGCCUGCCGCCACAGGGUUCGGCGCUCAACCUGCUGCAACUGGGUUUGGCGCCAAGCCGGCGGGGACUGGCCUGUUUGGCUCUUCCGCGCCCUCCACUGGCUUUGGGUCUACCCCUGCAGCCGGAGGCGGGCUUUUCGGCCAAUCUCAGCCUCAACAACAAAACCAAGGCUCAUCCCUUUUCGGAGGGCAGAGCAACACCACCACGGGCGGUGGUCUUUUCGGUCAGUCUCAGCCCCAACAACAAAAUACAGGAGGAGGUCUCUUUGGAAGCUCUACAAACAACUCUAGCCCUUUCGGAGGGCAACAAAACCAGCAGCAGCAAGGCGGGAGUACCUUUGGAGGGUUUGGACAAGCGGCCAAGCCUGCUGCGUUUGGUAGUACGGGCACUGGCGGGUUUGGUUCCGGAAGCACGGGGAGCACGUUUGGACAGCAGCCGGCGGCAAACACGGGUACCACCGGGUUCGGAGGAUUUGGACAGACACAACCACAGCAACAGCAGCAACAGCCAGCGGCUGGUGGCGGUUUGUUUGGAGGCGGCGGCUUUGGCGCCAAUGCCCAACAGCCGAGCACGGGUGGUGGUCUCUUUGGAAGCCAAAAUAAUCAGCAACAACAGCCUGCAGCCACCGGCUUUGGUGCUGCUCCCAAGCCUGGAGGUCUCUUUGGCAACUCCACCCCAGCCCCUGCUUCUACCGGCUUUGGCGGAUUCGGUCAAACACCUGCUGCUCAGCCUGCUGCAGGUGGGGGAUUGUUUGGCAAUACAGGCGCUGCCCAACCUAGCACUGGCGGCGGACUCUUCGGCCAAAGCCAACCUCAACAGAAUGCCCAGCAACCAGCCGCUGGCGGAGGUCUCUUUGGCAGCACAAGCACUCCCGCUGCGGGAGGAGGAUUAUUUGGUGCCAAACCUGCGACAACUACUCCUUCUACCGGUUUGUUUGGUUCCCAGCCUACUCAGCCUGCCCCUAGCGGUGGUGGGUUGUUUGGUAACGCUGGCGCUUCUACUGGCGGCGGAGGUGGCUUGUUUGGCAGUACCAAUAAUAAUGCUGCCGGGCAACCUGGACAGCAACAGCAAUCCGGCGGUCUGUUUGGCGCAAAGCCUGCUGGCAGUGGUCUCUUUGGAAACACUGGCGCGGCUAGCACGGGUGGACUCUUUGGUCAACAACCCCAACAACAGCAGCAGCCUCAGGCUGGUUCCACCGGUGGCCUGUUCGGUAACCUCGGGCAGUCUCAGCCAGCGUCUUCGGGCUUGUUUGGUAGCACUGCCGCUCAACCCCAGCAGCAGAGCACUUUCGGAGGCGGUAGCUUGUUUGGCGGCAUGGGUCAAUCUACUGCCCAGCCUCAGCAGCAGCAGCAACCGUCUUUGACCGCCUCCAUCGACCAGAACCCCUAUGGCAACAACCCUCUUUUUGCCUACAAUGGCCAAAAGCUCGAGGUGGGCUCGCAAUCCAAGAAGCCUGCUCUUCCUCCUCUUACUGCUUCGUCUUACCGCCUCACGCCUUCCACGAGCAAGUCCAAGCUCAACAAACUGCGAGGCUUUGCUUCUCCUCUCACUGCUUCACAGAGCACUCCUGCUCGAGCGGGAAGCCCUCUAUCAGUCAGCUCUCCUGGAAAGACAAGCUUGUUCAACUCGCCUGUUGCACCCGAUAGGUACAAGGGUUUGAGCGACACUGCUCUGACCCCGAACGCCUUUGUGCCUCGACUCAACAUCAAGAAGCUAUCUGUUACGCCCAAACUCGGUGGCUCCCUCGGUGGCGGUGAUCAACUUGAGAGUGUGCUGGGCAAGUCUGCUUUGAGGAGCUCAACCAACUCUAACCCUGGGUCGCCCGCCCCUAGGCAGGUACCACUCGUGUUCCACCCCACCGCGAACGCGACACCUCAACCCGAGUCUGUCGCUUCUCCUCGUGCCAAUGGCGUUGACUCUCCGCGUCUAGCAGGAUCCGAGCGGCCUCCCAAGAAGGGUGACUACUGGUGUCGACCCAAGCUUGAAAAGCUCAAACAAAUGCCCACGGACGAGCUUUCUGCUCUCAGCGGCUUCACUGCUGGGCGACGCGGCUUCGGUGAAGUCACAUUCUUGGAGCCUGUCGACCUCACCCGCACUCCCCUCGACGACAUUCUUGGUGCCAUCAUCGUCGUGGACCAGUCAGAACUCUCUGUCUAUCCUGAUGAGUAUCCUGACAAGCCCGAGAUGGGUGAUGGCUUGAACGUUCCUGCCAGAAUCAUGCUCGAAAAUGUCUUUACCACCGACAAGGCCACCAAGGAGUGGGUCAGGGAUCCUCAGGACGCUCGAUUCCAGAAGUUCGUCAGGCGAGUCAAGGCGAUCCCCGAUACUGAAUUCGUCAGCUACACCGAUGACGGUACUUGGACAUUCCGAGUCGAACACUUUACCACUUAUGGUAUCGGUGACAGCGAUGAGGACGAGAGUGUCGCCAGCGGAAGCAAUAGUGCUCGUGACUCCAGCCUGUCGCCUUCUGGAAGCGAGGACGAUGAGGAUAUGAUGCCCCCAGUCAAGUCUAUCCGAGAUCUGGAGGGUCAGCAUGACUCUGGCCUUUCAGAGGACGAUUUCACUGGCGAAUCCAUCGCAGAUGACUUUGAUGGGGAUUUGACCGAUAUGGACACAAGUGGCGAGUUUGACUUGCCCUCUCACCCCUCUAUCGAAAUCCCACUCAAGUCGCAUCUCGGUCCCGAGGGCAUGCGCAAUCUCAAGGAAAUGCAAAGCUCUUUCUUUGGCCCGUCCGCCCCAACAAUGAGACCAGCGAGAGAGCUGGCGGGGUCGAGAAAGCGGGGAGCAGAGCAGGGUUCGUUUUUUCGUGAAGCCGAAGAGGAAAAUAUGAUGCUUGACAAGCGGGCUGUCAAGCGGACCUCUUUCGGCGAACCCCCAGUAAGCCUGCCUAUAAUCCGACAAAAGAGGAAGUAUGCGCGAGUUGCCGUGGAUGAAAGUAUCGAGAAGGGGAAAGAAGGAGUCAAGGUGGAUGCGGGGCUAGCGCUGGGACGAUCAUGGAGGUGCUCGUGGGGGCCGAAUGGAGAGUUGGUGCACCUUGGAAAGAUAUGUGGACCCAGGGCAAAGACAUUUUGCAACCCUGAUGCCGUCGUAAACAUCGAAAAGGUUGAAACUCUGGCGGAAUCCGUCAAUGUCGAAAAAUCAAAAGCUGAGCGGUUGCUAGCACUGCAUCUCGAGACAAGUCUUGUCGAACAGAUUGAAGGUGUUCCUUUUGCUAUAGUCAACCCUGACAUCCGCUUCGGCGACUUCGCUUCUCGAUUCGACGCUGGCGAUAGGUCACACGAAGCCAACGUCUUCCGUCUUGGAGUUGCUCUUUUCGACGAGAUCGACCUCCGGCUUCCAGAGGACUCGUCCGAGGAACUUGUGCAUCGGAUUACUUCCCUUCGACGAAAACUCGCUCUUUCCAAAUGGCUUGAAGACGCGGUGGCUUCUUCGGUCGACUCUGAUUUGAUAACCAACAGCGACAGUCGACCCAACAAACUAUUCACUCUUCUGAGUGGCCACCAGGUUGAGCGAGCUGUUGAAACUGCUCUGGAAGGUGGAGAUAUGAGGCUGGCAACAUUGAUCUCUCAAUCAGGCGGGCAACAAACGUUCAAAGACGAGCUUUUGCUUCAACUCGAAGAUUGGGAAAAUCACAAAGUCAACCCAUUCAUCGCCGCUGGUUACCGCAGAAUAUAUGCUCUUCUUGCUGGUAUCACAGAUGUCUUGGCGGGUUCACCGCCCGGGCGAGUUUCGGAGAAAUGGCCGCAAAUUUUGAUUGCAGAGGGUCUUGAUUGGAAAAGGGCCUUUGGUCUUCACCUCUGGUACGGCAUGCCCUUUGAAAACACCAUCAGCGACGUUGUCAGCUCGUUCGCCAGCUCCCUCUCUGCUGUGAACCCUCCAGCAAAGCCUCUCCCUCCUCACCUCGAGAAGCCUUCCGAAGGUGUCAGAUCAUGGACGCUCCCUACGGAGCCGACGGAUGUCAUCUACAACUUGCUUCAGCUGUACUCCGAUGACGCAGUCUCUCUCGAUCAGACCUUGCGGUCAAGAGAUACUUCUUCUAGCCCGUUCGACGUUCGGUUGGCUUGGCAUCUCUAUAUCCUCCUUGCCCGGGUUUUCGGCAGAAGAGACUUUGAAGAUCGGGAAGAAGAAUAUAGUGCGAGUGCAGACCGAUUAACUGCGGGAUACGCUGCGCAGCUGGAAGAAAGCGGAGAAUGGAAACUUGCUGCAUUCGUCUUGCUUCACCUCGAGACCGUAGAAGGUCGCGAAAAGUCGCUCCGCGCUCUUCUCAACCGACACCCAGAUGUCACCGCAGACGACACGUCGUUCCUUGUUGAGACACUUCGUAUCCCAGCCGAGUGGAUUCACGCGGCCCGUGCUGCUGCUUUCACAUCGUCUGGCGACGCUUGGAAAGAGUAUCACGCUCUUCUCGAAGCGAGGCUGUUCGAUCGGGCACAUCGAGUGCUGCUUGAACGGCUUGCACCUGAAGCAAUCAUCAGGGACGAUAGAGCCCUCUUGAAGAAGUUGUGUCUGAAAUUGGAAGGCAAGGGCGUGGCUGGAUGGGAGUUUGGAGGAAAGCUUUUCUUGGAAUGGAACGAGAUCUCCGAAGACACCGCUCCCCUUCUUAUGUCUGUCUUGCGAUCAGGCUCCCGACCCGACCCUCGACAAGUCGCGGAAUUGAAUGAACGCGCACAGGUACUUCCUCGACUAUUGCAACUGCUACCAUCUCUGUUUUCGGAUAGAAACGAUGUACAGCAGGUGGCCGGUUUGAGUGAAAUAUUGAGCCCCCUGGCUGAUCUAGCGUCUGCGUUGAGCGGAGCCGGAUACAUCGCAAAGCAACCGGUCUCGGUGAAUCUUGUAGACGAGGAUAGGCUUCAUUUGUUGCGAGAGUCGGCGUUCGAGGCAUUUAACAGAACACUGGCCGAGGGGGCAUGAGGAGGAUGGGAGUAAGAGUGGAUGGUGUUCGCCGUACGUAGUAGAGUAGAACAUCUUUUGGAUUUUCGCUGUCAAUUAUAAACACCUGUCACAGAGCGGCACAUGAUCACGACCACAUGCAUUCUCUUGAAAUACUCAAA